AUGACGGACGCGACUUCAUCGUGCCAAUCAUUCAUUAGGGAGCUGAAACAGCGAUCAGUUGACGACAUCCAGAUACAUCUCGCAUCCAAGGACCAUCAAAUUGGGUACCAGUUAGAGCGACAAUAUGUCUGGCCCCUAGCAAGGGUUCUGCUUCGUGUCGAAACCGACAAGCUCAGCCGGAUAUGCAUAGCUUUUAUCACUCGACAAUGGCGUGUCCUCGAAAGGGGACACGAAACAUGCCUUGCUGGGGCGACGUGCAAGAAGGUCAAGACCACGCAAACUAGUUCUCCGGCGGAUUUCUGUCCUCGGAGCAUUGAGCCCGCGUCAUUCUUCAGCUGCUUCCAUACAGCCAAGCGUCUCCAGUUUGAUAUUGCAGAUCUUCAGAAAGAUUUGGAAUGA